AUGGCAUCUUCAACUGACCUGGUAUCCUCUCUGUCAUCUGGUGAAAAUAGGGCAACGAAGCUCGAUGCUGCUGAAGUUAGAGCACUUGUCAAAGCGGCCGGUCUAUCAAUAUCCGACAGCGCAAUCGAGGAAUGGCGUGUUCUCCUUGGCUCGUUCGAAGAUUGUGCACAGCUCAUCUUGCAGGAGGACCACUGUCUGCCAAUACCCGACCCAGACCGGUAUCUCCGGACAAAUAUCCAGAUUCCAGAGAACACCGAGAAAGGUGGCUGGGCGACACGAUGCUCGGUCAAGAGUACCGCUCCUACAAGUGCGCUGCUGGCCGGACGCACGGUGGCAGUGAAGGACAACAUUGCAGUUGCCGGGGUCAGAUGUACAAAUGGUCUUCCGCCUGUCAAUGGAGAGUGGAUCCCCACUUAUGAUGCCACUAUUGUGACCAGAGUACUGGAUGCUGGCGGCAUAGUCACAGGUAAAGCUGCUUGCGAGAAUGCAUGCAUGGAACCCAUCUCUAAUACUUCGUAUACCGGCGUCGUCCAUAAUCCGUUCGCGGACGGUUAUACGUGUGGAGGUUCUAGUAGCGGAUCGGGACGGUUGGUCGCAAUUGGCGCUGCCGAUAUGGCUUUGGGGGCUGACCAAGGAGGGUCAAUCCGCAUCCCAGCAGCAUUCUGUGGUAUCGUCGGACUCAAACCAACUUGGGGUUUGGUUCCUUACACCGGUAUCCUCGGCCUCCAAUCCGUUAUUGACCAUACCGGUCCAAUGACGACGACCGUUCGAGACAACGCUCGCCUGCUCGAAGCAAUCUCUGGUCCGGAUGGGAUAGAUGACCGACAACCAUUUUUCAUGGCCCCAGAAUCCUUACGUUUCUCCAGCGCGUUGGACGAAUUCCUUGCCGCAGGUGCCACCAAGCCACAAGAUCAACUUCUAAAGGGUUUCAAGAUCGGUAUUCUGAAGGAAGGCUUCACUGGCAAACAAAUGGACGCCCACGUCGCCAAGGCGUGCCGCUCAGCCAUUUCCGAUCUUAAAGAAAUGGGCGCCGAAAUUGUCGAGGUGUCAGUCCCGAAUCAUGAGCAGAUCUGCGUCAUAUGGAUGUGUGCCCUGCCACUGCGUGCCGGUCGUGAAGGACUGCUCGGCGACACCACGGGGCGCAAGCAACUUGAACUGAUAGACCGCGGUGCUGUCGCUGCUCCUGCCAUGGGUCCAAGUCAGAAAGCACUGCUCUCGCAAGAGUUUUUCGACGCUCUGGGUCCCGGCGCCCAAAACCUUUACUUGAGGUAUCUGUAUGUCAACGACAAAUAUGGGGCCAGCUUGCACGCCAAAUGCAUGAAUCUGCUGAACAAAGCGACACAGGCAUAUGACGCCGCCCUUGGGUCUGUUGAUGUGUUGGUAAUGCCGACCGUGCCCAUGCCGGCGUUGCCAUUUCUCGGGGGUCCCAACAGCACCACAGGUCGCUCUCAGGCCGGGCCGCUCGAAAGCCUCUCGUACCCGUUGGGCGUGCUCAGCAAUACGGCUCAGUUCAACUCCACGGGUCAUCCAGCCCUUUCUCUGCCUGUAGGAUUUGUGCCCGCUCCAGAUAAUGCGGAUGUCAAGUUGCCGGCUGGGCUCCAGAUUGUCGGCAAGCGCUUCGAGGACUUGACAUGCUACAAGGUCGCGGGGGCUUGGGAAGAAAGCAAGGACUGGAAGACGCUGGUGUUUGCAGAGUAG